UCAAUUUACUCUUUAAUCCUUCUCCUAGUAGAAGACGGUAUAUAAUGGCAGUAUAUGAUAUGGGUCUAGACUCUGUUUUUGAGAGAUAUGUACCAUCAAUAGUGUUUUGAAAUAAACCUUAACUAGAUGACCGGAUAAAAAUUCCUCUCUCUUUUCGCAAGCGCCUCUCCUCUGCCUCCAAACCUCGCUCGGUCUCUUCAUCCAUCGGCAAAAGGGUCUGCCUCCAAACCAAACAAAUCCCACACUAUAAACAUCAUGUCGUCUGAAUGGGCUAAUCUUCCGGAUCUUAUUCUCUAUGAAAUAGCAUGUUGUAUAUCUGUCUAUGAUGAUUUUGUCAACUUUGGUGCCGUCUGCAAGGCAUGGCAGCGUGUCUAUUCAAUGGAAAAGCCUCCACUAUCUCCUAGGUGCCCUUGGCUUCUACUUGCAGAAGAAAAGGAACAAAAAAAUCAUACACGUGUAUUUUUUAAUGUAUUUGACAAUAAAGUUUACAACUUCAAGUUGCCCGAACUUGCUGGAAGAAAAUGCAUUGGAACAUCUUUUGGAUGGUUGCUCAGUGUAGGCAUCGAUUUCCAGAUGGAUCUCUUUCAUCCAUUGUCUAAACACCAGUUAAGUCUUCCCCCUCAUCCAUAUGUUUGGGAACGAUAUCGCAAUUUUGAACUCUUCCCUUUAGAUUAUGGUGAUAUCUUUCUUUACAAGUGUGUUUUAUCAAGGAAUCCAUGGAACUCUGCAACUCAUGAAUAUGAUCGUGAUUGCAUAAUCAUGAUUAUCUAUACUAAUUUUAAAACAUUGGCCUUCACUAGACCGGGAUAUAAAGCUUGGAUUGAUAUAAAAUGUGAUUCUCGAUGUCUUUAUGACAUUACACUCUACAAGGGAAAGUUUUAUGCGGUAAACAAUCAUGGUAACGUUUUUGUUUGUCACAUUGAUGGUGAUAUUGUGUUCACUGAAUGUAUUACAUUCUGCAAGGAACCUGAGGAUUAUAUCCAUAAGUAUCUUGUUGAAUCAUUGGAAGAUCUUUUGUUGGUUUCACGCAUACGAGAAGGUCCUCUUGAGGCCCAUGAAUUCAUUAAUGAUGACUUUGAAGAUGAUAUUGACGAUGUGAACAUUCAUGAAGAUGAAUCUGAAGAAGAACAAGAACAAGAUCAAGAACAAGUACGAGAAGUAGGACAAGAAAUCAUCUAUGAAAUUCCAUAUGAGACAACUGGGUUCAAAAUUUUAAAAUUAGAAUCUUCUUCUGAAGUGAAAAGCAAAAAUGAAUAUGAUUGGGUGAAUGUUGACAACUUGGGUGAUCAAGCAUUGUUUGUGGGUGACACAUCAAUGUCUUUGUCUGCAUCAAGCUUCAAUGGAUGCAAAUCUAAUUGUAUCUAUUUUACAGAUGACAAUGUUGACUGCUAUCUUAAUUGCUUAAAUGGUGGAGGGUACGAUAUGGGUGUAUUUAGCAUGGAGGAUGGAACAAUUAAGCAGCAUUACAAAGGAAAAUCCCUCUCUUCCUUUGCUCCUCCAGUUUGGUACAUUUAAUUUACAUAUGACAUGUAUUGCAUAUGUUGAUUUAAAUAAUUGAAGCUAGUGAAUGUGUUUAAAAGACUUGUCUUUAUUUAUCGGUCUUUGAUUAAUUGGUUUAUUGAAUAAUAAUACAGUUUUUUCCAUUUUGAUAUUUAAUUGCUAUAAUUUAUAA